UACAAGUUUGACACACUGACGUCAUUUUUUGUGCAAUUUUUAUACAAUCAUUUUUUGUACAAUUUUGACACAGUGACGUUAUUUUUAUUACGUUAUUUGAUGAGGUUAUUUUUUCCAAACAAAUACAAACAAUUAUCUUUUUUUCGAAACCUUUUGUAUUCAAGUAAAUCUGUUGCGACAAGAUAAGUUUGAGUAAAAACUAAACAACAGACAAACAAGCAGGCAAGAACCGUCAAGAUGGUCAAACAACACAACAUAAAACUAAAUAUCCAAAACAAUACUUCGUUUACCAUGACGUAUCACAGCGAUUAUUUUGAAUCGGGACGACUUGCAGACAGCUUUUCUUGGCCGAAAGUGAUUAACACAAGCGGACAAGAUACUGUCCUUUGUUAUGAGAGGGACUGGUCGUUCGCGGGUUGCUCAGGAUUUGUCCAAUUUAACAUGAAUGGAAGCGUGGUUACCAUAGCGUUUUCAAACCCGUUGGUUGGUUGCAAUAAACUUAAUGUUGGAGCCGGUUAUAAUGGAAUCGCGGUCUGGGAAGAAAUGAGCAAUCAUGACUAUCAAGAAUUUAAAAUCAACUUAAAAGUUGGAGAAGUCCCUAUAACAGCGACUUGUAAAUGUUCCUUUGAUACUACCAACAACGCAAGUGUAAUUUUUCAUUGAUUCGCUAUUUGUGCUGUAAUCAUAAUAAUGUAGCAAACACAAUUAUAUUUGGUAAAUAAGUAUAAAAACAUGAAACUUUUCUGUACAAUUUAAGAAAAUAUAUGUCUCGACAAUUUUCGUAAUUGCGGAGAUAUAAUGUUU